AUGUCGAGUGCUUCCGCAGAUGGCCAGCGCACUUAUGUGGAUUUGAAAUUCAUCACCGCAACUACGGUCAAGUCCACAGAAACGAAGCUCCGCACACACACGCAUAGCUACACCACUCAUCCUCCAAUGGUCUAUAUAUACUGGCCUAGGCCAUUGCUACUGAUGCACCACCGCUCGCAAAAGCUAGUCGUCGUGGCGUACGCAGACAAGGGCGCAGAUCCUGUGGUGCUACAUUUGAUCAAAGAGGACAUCUACAGGCCCGUGCAGGCGCCGUACGCUCGCAUCGGGACCGUGGACUGCAGCGGCAACUUCCAGUACCAGCGGGAAGGCGGAGCAGCGGGCGCAGAGCGCGCGAUGGUCAUAGAGUUCACCCCCCCGAAGCUAACACUAAUGCAGUUUUUUUCGAUGGACCCCAUCUCGUUGAUCCUGCCGGAAAAGCUGCAGACGGACCCGUUCGUGGACGAGCCGGACGGGCCCAACAACAUGCUGGAGCUCCUCGCCGGGGGCGGGGUGAGCCGCACGCGGUUGCGGGGGACGUUGGACGUGGUGAACAUGUACUACCGGCACGUGGAGCGGUUCGAAAAGCAGUACCCGGAGUACGCGGACUCGCGGAUGAGCCUCCGGCAGCGGUGGGGGCGGGCGAAGCGGUGGCUGGGCGGGACGUGGGCGUUCCAAGUGAUGUGCACUGUGGUGUUAUACGUGGUGAUGAUGGUGCGGGUGGUGGCGGGGGCGAUCACAACCAUGUUGAACUGGCGGCACCUGCCGCUGAUCGCGGUGUCGACGACGAUGCAGCAGAUCGACCUCCGGGCGCAGCAGCUCUGCUACAUGCCAGUCCAGUACCUGCGGAUCCACGGGCACAUGGUGGCGCCGGCGGGGGAGCCGCGGAUGAAGGCGCCGGGCGGGCGCGGGCGGCGGCGCAGCGUGUCGUUCCAGACGUUGCCGUGCGAGUUCUACCCGGACUACAUCCGACUGUACAACACACUGUGGCUCAUCGCGAACGACGUGUCGUUGGGCGUCACGUUCGGGGCGCUCUUGGUGGAGAAGCGCGAGCCGCUCGCGGCGGCGCUCCAGCAUGUGCUCCGAGCGGCGUUGUACGGGCUACCGAUGCGGAUCACGCGCUUCCUCAACGAGAGCCCGUUCGGGAUCAAGCUCAAUGGCGAGCUCUCGAAGUUCUUGAGCGAGCUGUUCACGUGGAUCAUGGACUUUGUGUUCCGGCUCUUCAUCGUGCGCUUCACCGAGGUGCCAGCGCUCGAGCACGUGGUCAUGGUGGUGGCGCACGUGUCGUCGGUGGUGGGCGUGACGUUUGCGUUGGCGUUGAUCAUCGACGGCAUCUCUGUGUUCUCGUUGCACAUCUCGUUGUUCUACCUCAUCAGCGCGAAGUUGUACCGCUGGCAGCUCCACGUGAUGACCUCCUUCUUCUACCUCUUCUGCGGCAAGAAGAUCAACGUGCUCCGCAAGCGCAUUGACAACGACACGUUCCACUUGGACCAGGUGUUGAUGGGCACGCUUUUGUUCAUCGUGUUGAUCUUCUUGUUGCCGACGGUGUUCGCGUACUACUUGACGUACACGCUCAUCUGCGUCGUGUUGACCAUCGUGCCGCUCUUGUUGGAGGCGAGCAUGGCAUUGUUGAACCACUUCCCGCUCUUCGCGCUCCUCUUGCGGCUCAAGGACCCCAUGCGGCUCCCCGGGGGCAUUUACUUCCAGCUGAAGCACAACCGCUUCUCGCUCAACUCCAACCCAUUGAAGGUGGCGAUGAUGUUCCAGCCCUACCUGGAGAUCUUGACGAUCAUCCGUGACAAAUUCAUGUCGCUCAACACCCUCAGCAGCAUCAUCGCAGGCGAACCCAUCAUGGUGCACAGACUCUACCUCUACCAGGUCCUAUACUCGUCCCUCCCCAUAAGGCCCAUCGACGCGACCCUACUUUGGACAGAGCUCCAACGACUAAUGACAUGGAAAGAUAAUCCUUUGUACUAUACGCAUAUCUAA